GUCUGUCGUCUGAGUGCAGCAGCAUGUCUGGCCGGGGCAAGGGCGGCAAGGGGCUCGGCAAGGGCGGCGCCAAGCGCCACCGCAAGGUGCUGCGCGACAACAUCCAGGGCAUCACCAAGCCGGCCAUCCGCCGCCUGGCUCGGCGCGGCGGUGUCAAGCGCAUCUCGGGGCUCAUCUAUGAGGAAACUCGCGGCGUGCUGAAGGUGUUCCUGGAGAACGUGAUCCGCGACGCCGUCACCUACACGGAGCACGCCAAGAGGAAGACUGUCACAGCUAUGGACGUAGUCUAUGCCCUCAAGCGCCAGGGUCGCACUCUCUACGGCUUCGGCGGUUAAACUUCCUUCUUAACCCAGCAAAUCUUUAACACAAAGGCUCUUUUCAGAGC